CCGAUGUAGAGCCGCGGCCACACUUCGUCCGCGUGGUUGCAGGCGGUCUUGCCCGUGCACAGGAGCCGCUCCAGCUCGGACACCGUCAGCGUCGGGGAGACACGCUCGGAGUCCUUUCGGUUCGGAGACCUGGAGCUGCUCCGGGACCGGGAGAACCGGGACAUGAACGCCAUUUAAUCUGAGAGGAGACAACCACCGAUUCGCCUCAUGAAAUGUUAAAGCGAUGAACUAUGAAACACGUACAGAAGCCUGGAAUGAAUCGAGUGAAGGGAAAUAAUGUCAUCAUUAGAAUAUUAUCAUCUUCAGAUUAUGUAACAAAUAUUAACCUGUAGCUUUGUUUUGGUGAAUCCUCGGCUGCAUGUCUGUGUGACUGACACUACAAUCCUGUAUAAUAGGGAAUAAAGACGUGCAGUGCUCGUGCUUGUUGUUACUUACCUGUGUGUUGUUGUGGUCCGUGUCUCAGUGCUGCAGGGCGAGCUGCUCCGCGGCCAUGUUGACUCGUGUAUGUGCUGAGGGAGGAUGGAUGAGAUGAGGAGGCUGCUGCUGCUGCUGAGCCUCCUCCAGCAGCAGACAUCUUCUCAGCGCCCUCUCCUUCUCAACAAGUCCUCAUCGAGACGCACGUGACUCCACGGACUCGGGGCAAAGUCACGUGCAUGCUAAGAAUAUAAGCGACAAAACUGGGAAUGCGGAGCUUGAGAGGAGGAGGGGCUUGAUGGCAUCAUGACGUCAAAUUCCUGCGACGCACGUGUGGUUGUAGUGAGGCGCAGAGAUGGCUACUGAGAGGCUUCUGUUCCAUGAAAUGGGCUUAGACGACCGUCUUCUAAAGGCGGUUGCAGACCUGGGUUGGUCUCAGCCCACUCUGAUCCAGGAGAAGGCGAUCCCUUUGGCCCUGGAGGGGAAAGACCUCCUGGCUCGAGCUCGGACCGGAUCGGGAAAGACCGCCGCCUACGCCGUACCCGUCAUCCAGCGCAUCCUGGCCUCCAAACAGAGCGUCCGUGAGCAGGAGGUCAGAGCUCUGAUCCUGGUUCCGACCAAAGAGCUGGGUCAGCAGGUUCAGACCAUGAUGAGACAGUUGACGGCGUUCUGCUCCAGAGACGUCCGAGUGGCCGACAUCACCGGGAAAGCUGACCUGUCUGCACAGAGGCCCAUCUUAAUGGAGAAGCCUGACGUGAUCGUGGGGACGCCGUCCCGCGUCCUCGCCCACCUCACCGCCCAGAACCUGGUCCUGCACUCGUCUCUGGAGACGCUGGUGGUCGACGAGGCCGACCUGCUCUUCUCUUUUGGCUUCGAGGACGACCUGAAGAGCUUGUUAUGUCAUUUGCCGAAGAUCUACCAGUCGUUCCUGAUGUCGGCUACUUUCACCGAGGAUGUUCAAGCGUUGAAGGCGCUGCUGCUGCACAACCCUGUGAUCCUGAAGCUUCAGGGCUCUCAGCUCCCAGACAGCAGCCAGCUGCAGCAGUACAGCAUCAAAUGUGAGGAGGAGGACAAGUUCCUGCUGGUCUACACGCUGCUGAAGCUGCGUCUGGUUCAGGGGAAGACGCUGGUGUUUGUGGGCGCAGUGGACCGGAGCUACAGACUCAAACUGUUCAUGGAGCAGUUCGGUAUUCCCGCCUGUGUGCUCAACUCUGAGCUGCCCGUCCAGUCUAGGUGUCACAUCAUCACUCAGUUCAACCAGGGCUUCUACGAUUACAUCAUCGCCACAGAUGAGCUGAGUCUGGCCGACCCCACUGCUGCUCCGGAGACGGCUGGCAAAGGGAAGAAGAAGAAGAAGAGGAGCACGGAGAGAGGAGGAGGAAGGACGAAGGACAAAGAGUUCGGCGUCUCCAGAGGCGUCGACUUCCAAAACGUUGCCAAUGUCAUCAACUUUGAUUUCCCGUUAACCGUGGAGUCGUACAUUCACCGAGUGGGACGAACGGCGAGAGCAGACAACCCCGGCACCGCUCUGUCCUUCAUCUCUCACACUGAGCUCAGUCUGCUGUCGGAGGUGCAGGAGGCGCUCACAGGAGAUAAAGCUGACUCCGGUCUGAAACCGUACGAGUUCAAGAUGGAGGAGAUCGAAGGCUUCAGGUACCGGUGCAGGGACGCCAUGCGCUCAGUGACGAAGCAGGCGGUGAAGGAGGCGCGACUGAAGGAGAUCAAACAGGAGCUGCUCAAUUCAGAGAAACUCAAGACGUAUUUCGAGGACAACCCCAGAGACCUGCAGCUGCUCAGACACGACAAAGACCUCCAUCCUGCCGUCAUCAAACCUCACCUGAGGAACGUCCCCGAGUACCUCAUUCCUGAGACCCUGAAGGGCGCCGUGAACCCGCUGUCCAACCGCAGGAAGAAGAAGAAGCUCAAAUCAACACCAGAAGGAGUCGUCAAGAGCAGCUUCAAGAAGAACAUCCAGGUGAAGAACCCUCUGAAGAGUUUCCGGUACAGCGGAGGGAGGAACAGGACAGGGAAAGCCGGCCAGUCGUAGCUGCGGAGCUCGUGAACGUGGAUCGUUACCUGUGCACAGACUUCGUCUACAGCGGACAAAUAUGAACUCAACGGACUCUGGAUGACGUGGACGCUGACUUAUGUGAACUUUGAAACAAGAGGAAAAUGCAAGAAACAUCUAACGUAUGUGGAGGAAUACAGUGUGUGUUUUCUUAUUUCUGAUGCAUCUGUUGUGGAACCUUUGAAAAUGUUUGUUAAAAUAAAUGAUUUCUUCUCAAACA